GCUGCCGGGAACCACACAGACCCUAUGGUCACCGAGGCCUACCAGCUAGCCCGAGACUAUAUAGCCUACGUAACAGGCCGAAGCAAAGGGCCUCCGUCCUCCGCAGCCGCCCUCGCCCUACGCCACGCAGGGGACGAGCUUCUGGAAAGGUUCCCCAUCUUCUUCAAACGCUGGCCCAGGGUGUUCCAAGGGUUAACAGAAGACAGGGCCUGCGACUUCCUGAUAGAGACCAUAGACGAGAACGUCCAGGGGUACAGGGACCGACAGAUGAGACACCCGGGGUACCCCGCCGACAUCCCCUGGAGCACCGUGCUGUCCAUAUACGUCCUGGCCGGGCAGAUGGCCAUAUACUGCCAGGAGCAUGGCAUGGACAGUGUGAUGGACCCCCUAACCGAGAGGGUGGGUGCCUACGUAGAGGAACAUAUCUGCCCCGUCCUUCAAGAGAAGGGUGGAUGGGUCGGUUUUGUGGAACAUUAUGGAAAGAGGGAUGACUUAGAGAAGAAGACGCUGCGUGUCUGCUGUGCCGUUGUUGCAGUCUGCUCAGCUCUGCUGCUCACUCACUUCUUAUGGAGGAGAAAACUGUCUUCCCUUUGAUUUUCUCUGCACACAUUGACAGUCCUGGAUUGUGCUGCCUGAGCCAAGACGAGCAGCUUUCACAGAGAGAAUAGGGAGUGGGGGGGAUCUGGAGCUGCUGAUGUCACUACCGCCUCCUGACCCCUUGGCCUCUAUCAUUACCACAAUAUCAAAAUCUACAAAUAUUUGACUUUGUUGUCCUCACCUUUGCCCCCCACCAUGCUGUGAACUGUCCGGCUUGUUACACCCAAAUGCAAAAAACACACCCCUUUUAUACAAGUCCCACCUACCAUAUGGUCACAACCUAAAUCGGGAGAACAGAACAUCUGAUAUAGAUAUUGACUGUAUAUAUAUAUAUCUAUAUAUAACAAGUGUAAUAAAGGGUUACAAGUU